AGAAAGUUAGGAAUUGAGUUUCAUUAUAAUUGAAAGCUACAAACCUCACAGAGACACAAUUUGAGGGAAUAAGGGCCCAGGGAGAUGGACCUCACCUGCCUGCUCAGCGUCACUCCUCGGAACCCCUGGGGGAUCCACCCAUCAAAGACGGGACUGCAGCUGUCUCAUCCUAGGCCAGUAUUUUUCCACAUUUAAAAAUUCAUGGCCCAAUAAGAACAGUGAAAAUUCCAUGCCCUUUUCGUAUUUUAUGAUGCAAAGAUCAUAGGUUCUUUUUCAAUUUCCAUAUAUAAAAUUAUGAUAUCAACCAUGUAUUUUCUUAGUACAAAGCCCUCUCUCCCCCAGUUGAGAACUGCUGUCCAAGACCCUGAAAACCCACAGGUUACUCGAGGGCAGCAUCCGAGUUCCUGGGGGCCCAGAGACUCUGCCCUUUCUGUCCUUCAGCUCUGGUCACCUGGCCACAGAGAGGUGGGCAGACACAUAGAUGCAGCUCCGGGGAACAAAGAGGGACUUCUUAGGCAUAUAAUUAGUUUCCAGCCUCCAAGGGUCCUGUCUGCAGAACGAAUAAUCAAUAAAACACUGGCUCCAGGGAGCCGGAUUUUAGCUGGGGAAAUAGGAACAGGCUGUUUAACCAACAACAAACAGGCCUGCUAUACACAGACACGCACACACACCCACACAGUCAGACAGCCUGUCUUACCCUUCCCCUCCAGACCUGCGCGCGCACACACACACACACACACACACACACACACUCCAGCUAGGGGGCUCUGCCGGCAGCCGCAUUAGAACAACGUCCCACUGACUGACACACCCCUCCAUAAACCCCAGAUCUCUGUGCCCAUCAGCCCCUCUCCUCCUUCCUUUUCCCCUGAGGAGUGCACUGCCUCUUUAAAACCCAACUCUGAGGGCUGUGCUCAGUGGCCCACAAAAGGUUCGGAUUGUGGCUAUUCAGUGGCCUUUCUCCAGGGAAGGGAGGGGAGAUGAGACAGAUGGGAGGCUUGUCCUGCUGGGGCCACCAAGCGAAACCCUCAGAUGGCCAGUAAUGAGCCAGCACUGUUCCCACCCAGCCUGCUGCUGAAUGGCCUUCCUCUGUCCCUGCAAAGCCCCGUGGGGGCUCUGUGGGCUCAUCCAUGGGGGCACCUCCCUCAAUUCUCUGGUCCCCUUUCAUGCUUCCAGGCUGGUGCCCCCUCCUGGCUCCCCAUCAAUCACCCUGUCUUUUCCCAGGCCCUCUGCCUUCUCCUGUCACAAGCUGUUGUUCCCGCGCCUUUGCUCUCUCCUUGUUUCCCCGUGGGUAUGUUUUGUCCUCCAGCUUGACCGUGAGCUCUUCAAGUGCUAAGAGCGUGUCUUUGCUUUCCCUGUGACUGGCACCCAGGGCAGAGCUCUGCACACACAGGAUGCUCACGGGAUGCUUAGCAAAUUAUUUGCUGCCACUCCUACCAGCCCAGGACACACCCACUCGUCCCACCUGUGUGUCUCUCUCCUCUACAGUAACCCUGUGUUCUCCACCCCAGAGGGCUUGCCUGGGCCCCUGCUCUCCAUAUCCCUGUGCAGUUUCAACCCCCAGAUGCCUCCUUACAACUUCACUGGCUUUUCGUGAGCACCUCCCUGUCUGCCUACCUGCUGGUCAGCCCUGCUGGAGGGUGGGGACUGGCCGGAUCCAGAGGAAGGAGGCCCACCUCUGUCCUUAGAGAAGUAGGAUGCUCCCUCACUGGGUAAUGGGUCCUGUGGAAAGACAUCAUGUGCUGGGGAAGGUGCUGAGGAAAAGUGAAGGUCCAGCUGGGAAAGCACUCGAAGGGUGUGGAUUUGACACUGUUGCUUAGGAGAACCCUGGGGCUUGGUCAGAGGAGCCCUGUCUUCUCUCCUUCCAACCCCCAGAGACCCAGGAUUUAGCACCCAAGGGGUCAUAGGCCAAAGUGAAGUCCACAUCUGAGACUCUUAAACACUUUUGGAUCUCUCAUGUUGAAUGGGGUGAACCAAGGCUAGCUGCUUUUUCUGGGAGAUUGGUCUCACCUAGGACGUGUUCUGAGACCCCAGAAAGAAUCUAGCACUGGAGCGUCUUUUCCUCGUGGACCCUCCCCAUCAAACAGAUACAUCAGUUAAGUCCAGAGCAAAAUCUCGAGUUGUUUACAGUUGCAGGGCUGGUCGGGAACAGAGCUAGGAUUAGCACUGGGCUGCCCUGCCUUCUCUCCUCAAGCAACCCAGGUUAGCCGGGUGCGAGCUCUCCACCCCGACUCCUGGUGGGCUGACCUGAGCCUUGCUGGGUGCUGUGGUCCCAGUGGUGACACUGAGUAGAAGGGACUAGUCUGAAUAGCUCCCCACUUCCCUCUGCUCCUCAACGUUCCUGUCACGUCUCCUGUCUCUCCCUCUGGUGUUCGGUUGACCUGUUCUCUGCUUCUCCUCCUUCUGGCCGCGUGAGGACCCCUCCUCUGGACAGGAGCUGGCUUCUGGGUUACCGCCUGCUGCGCCUGCUUGCAGCCGCCAACUAGGUGACUGUGUGCUGGGUGAACGAGGCUGGGGACAGUUCCACGCACUGCCUCUCCCCACAGGCUGAGCACGCCGGGGUCCGCACCUACUUCUUCAGUGCCGAGAGCCCCGAGGAGCAGGAGGCCUGGAUCCAGGCCAUGGGGGAGGCUGCCCGAGUACAGAUCCCCCCAGCCCAGAAGUCGGUGCCCCAAGCUGCACGUCACAACCACGAGAAGCCAGACUCUGAGAACAUCCCACCCAGCAAACACCACCACCAACCCCCCCAAAACAGCCUUCCCAAGCCUGAACCAGAGGCCAAGACUCGAGGAGAGGGUGAUGGCCGAGGCUGCGAGAAGGUGGAGAGGAGGCCUGAGAGGCCUGAAGUCAAGAGCGAGCCUCUGGUGAAAGCCAAUGGUGUCCACGCUGGACCAGAACCAGCCCCAGACCCGGGCAGCCCUUACCCUGAGGGCCCAAGGGUCCCAGGAGGUGGGGAGCGGCCCACCCAGCCCAAUGGCUGGCAGUAUAGCUCCCCAAGCAGGCCGGGGAGCACAGCUUUCCCACCUCAGGACUCAGAGAGUGGGGGGCACCGGCAGAGCUUCCCGCCACGUGCCAACCCCGACAAAAUCGCCCAGCGCAAGAGCUCCAUGAACCAGCUUCAACAGUGGGUGAACCUGCGCCGAGGGGUGCCCCCUCCUGAGGAUCUUCGGAGUCCCUCUAGGUUCUACCCUGUGUCCCGUAGGGUCCCUGAGUAUUACAGCCCCUACUCCUCCCAGUACCCUGAUGAUUACCAGUACUACCCGCCAGGGGUACGGCCGGAUAGCAUCUGCUCCAUGCCGGCCUACGAUCGGAUCAGCCCACCCUGGGCCCUGGAGGACAAGCGGCACUCCUUCCGGAAUGGAGGCGGCCCCGCCUUCCAGCUGCGGGAGUGGAAGGAGCCUGCCGGCUAUGGGCGGCAGGAUGGCACCACCUGGAUCCCCAGCCCCUCCCGGCAGCCUGUCUAUUACGAUGAACUGGAUGCCGCCUCCGGCUCCCUGCGCUGCCUGUCCUUGCAGCCCCGUUCCCACUCUGUGCCCCGCUCGCCAAGCCAGGGGUCCUACAGCCGCGCCCGCAUUUACUCCCCCGUCCGCUCACCCAGUGCCCGUUUCGAGCGGCUGCCGCCUCGCAGUGAAGACAUCUAUGCUGACCCUGCUGCCUAUGUGAUGAGGCGGUCCAUCAGCUCCCCCAAGUAUGAUUACCUGGGAGACAGGCGGCCAGUCCCUGCAGGACUGUUCCCCUACAACUACCCACCAUCCCCCACGGUCCACGAUAAGAUGAUGAGUGAGAGUGAGACUCUCAUCAGUAUGGUGAACCGCAUGGUGGAGAACUCCUCCCCCAGGGCCCAACUCUUCAUGCAAGUCCCUCCAUACCCAGAAGUGUUCCGGGACAGCCUCCACACCUACAAGCUAAAUGAGCAAGACACAGAUAAGCUGCUGGGCAAGUUGUGUGAGCAGAACAAGGUGGUGAGGGAGCAGGAACGGCUGGUGCAGCAGCUCCGAGCUGAGAAGGAGAGCCUGGAAAGUGCCUUGAUGGGGACCCAUCAGGAGCUGGAGAUGUUUGGAAGCCAGCCUGCCUACCCGGAGAAGCUGCUGCACAAGAAGGAGUCGCUGCAGAACCAGCUCAUCAACACCCGGGUGGAGCUGUCUCAGGCAACCACGGCCCUGGCGAACAGCACCAUGGAGUACGAGGGCCUGGAGGCAGAGGUCUCUGCCCUGCACGACGAGCUCUGGGAGCAGCUCAGCUUGGACCUUCAGAAUGAGGUGCUCAACCGACAAAUCCAGAAGGAGAUCUGGAGGAUCCAGGAUGUGAUGGAGGGGCUGAGGAAGAAUAACCCAUCCCGGGGCACAGACACAGCCAAGCACAGAGGAGGACUUGGCCCCUCAGGCACCUACAGCUCCAACAGCCCCGCCAGCCCUCUCAGCUCCACCAGCCUCACCAGCCCCCUGAGCCCUUUUUCAUUGGUGUCUGGCUCUCAGGGGUCCCCCACUAAGCCCGGGUCCAAUGAGCCCAAGGCAAGCUAUGAGCAAAGCAAGAAAGACCCCCACCAGACAUCACCCCUGGACACUACUAGAGACAUCGGCCUUGUGCCCACCAGGCAAGAGGUGGAAGCAGAGAAGCAGGCAGCUCUCAACAAAGUUGGCAUUGUGCCCCCUCGGACAAAGUCACCCACUGAUGAAGAAGUGACCCCAUCAAGGGUGGUGAGGAGGAGUGCCAGCGGGCUCACCAAUGGACUCUCCUCCCGGCAGGAGCGCCCCAAGAGUGCUGUGUUCCCUGGUGAGGGCAAGGUCAAGAUGAGCGUGGAGGAGCAGAUUGACCGCAUGCGGCGGCACCAGAGCGGCUCUAUGAAGGAUAAGCGGAGGAGCCUGCAGCUCCCGGCCAGCCCGGCCCCCGACCCCAGUGCCCGGCCUGCCUACAAAGUGGUGCGCCGUCACCGCAGCAUCCACGAGGUGGACAUCUGCAACCUGGAGGCAGCUCUGCGGGCAGAGGAGCCUGGUGGGCAGGCCUACGAGACACCACGGGAGGAGAUUGCCCGGCUCCGCAAAAUGGAGCUGGAGCCCCAGCACUAUGAUGUGGAUAUCAGUAAGGAGCUCUCCACCCCGGACAAAGUCCUCAUCCCUGAGCGGUACAUUGACCUGGAGCCUGACACUCCCCUGAGCCCAGAGGAGUUGAAGGAGAAGCAGAAGAAGGUGGAGAGGAUCAAGACGCUCAUUGCCAAGUCCAGUAUGCAGAACGUGGUGCCCGUCGGCGAGGGGGAACUUGUGGACGUGCCCCAGGACUCAGAGAGCCAGCUGCAGGAGCAGGAGAAGCGGAUUGAAAUCUCCUGUGCCCUGGCGACCGAGGCCUCCCGCAGGGGCCGCAUGCUGUCUGGUGAGAGGGGCUGGGCCUCGCUCCUCCAGGGAGACCGGCUGACCAGGCAUAGGGGAGGUAGUGCAGUGUGGCAGGGGGCCAGGGACAGAACAGGGAGAUGUUCCUUGAGGUCAGAAUGAGCACUUAUUGAGCGCCAGGGGCUGUGCUAGUCUCAGGGGGUGCAAAGGGGCCAGAGUUGCCGACAUCUGGGAGCUCAGAGCCAGGAUGACCCGCCUAGCUGCUGGAUAGAGGAAUGGCCAGAGGCCAUGCGGGGAGCGCAGGGAGCCAUUCUACCUGGGCAGGUCCAGGAAAGGCCCAGAGAAGAGGCGAUAACUGAGCUUGAUUGGAAAAGAUGCAAGUAUGUACCAGUGGUGGAGUGAGGGCCAGGUAUUCCAGGGUAUUCUCUGACUUCCCAUUCGUGCUGCAUGCAAACAGCAGGAAUGAAAAGGGAAGAUGGUACAAGCAGCCAAUACAGUCACCGCCUUGGCUACUGACCCAAACCCACUUUUCUGCUAAGAAAAGAUGAGUACAAGGAACUGACUUCACACUGAUACAAAGGCUAGUGGGUCUUAGUGGACACUAUGGGGUUGCAGCCAAUAGGAUUCACUUCCCCUCAGCUUGAGGAGAAGCACCCCGGAAUAGAGGAGAAUGUAAUUGGGAAGAAUAGAAGAGACCCUAUGAAUGGGAGGCUUUGAGGUGGAGGAAGGACAGUGGUUAAGUAAUUAAGCAUGGGAGACAAUAUUCCCUCCUCCUGAACACGAAAGGUGCUUAGGAGGGAGAGAGAGAGGGAGGGUUCUGAAGACCAGUCCAGACGAAUGCCCUGGAUGGAUGCCAGGCUUGUGAUGACUUUGGUUGAGGGGGCAGAGACAGGUUGUGCCGGCCAGAGUUAUGGUAGCCUGGGCAAGUGUCAGAUUAGAAUCGUGGCUGGACGCACAGAGGAAGGAAUGGCGUUUCGUGUUGGUGACUCGGAGGGUUUCAAUUUUUGCUCUUUGAGGCUCCAUUUCCUCAUCUGUAAAAUUCAAAUAAAAAUACCUGUCUGGCGGUGUGAGGAUGGAAACAAGGUGUGCUAAGCACCUAGCACCGUGUCUGUCACCCAGUAACUGCUCAAUAAAUGCUAGCCGGCUGUAGUAGAGGUAGUGCUGGUGCUGGUGGUAGUAUUAGUUGAAACAGCAAUAGCUAAAGUAGAAAGAGAAAUGUUUUGUGGGUUUUCUAGCUAUUUUAAAUAUGGAUAUUUUCAGAAACCAGAGGGUUUUAGGCUACAGCAAAGGGGAUUUAAGUAAGCGUUAAGGAAGAACCUACUAGCAGUUGGCAUAUAAAUGGACAUUAGAAUGGGUGGCCAGGGAAAGCCCUUGGAGAUACUUCAGAAACAGGCUUUCAGUUGGUCAGAAGUUGAGGGCAAGAGAAGGGAUGGGCUUCAGAGAGCCCCAUCUUGCAGCCAGAACCAGAAAGCAGCAGAACCAGUUUGGCUACAAGGAGGCUUCUGUCAACCGCCCUCGAAGCUUCCAAAGGUCAAAUUCCACAUGCUCUGGGCAAAAGUCAACUUCCUAUUUCAAGGGUUAGAGCAUACAGCACUGUUAAAACUUCCCUCUGCCCCUUCCCCUGUCCCAGCCCCUGGCUCUCUCUUCUAUAGCUCCCCCGCCAAAGGUGCCAUGAAAACAAAACCCACCCUGGCUCUUCAGAUUCCCCCUUGAUACACAUGGGCUUAUAUUUCAGGGUCAGUGUGCUGAAAGCAAAUGGUCACCUUGCUUUUGCCAAGACCCCAACUAUUUAAAAAAUGGCUGUGGCAGGGCCAGACCUCAGACUUAGCCCACUGUCCCCACCACCCCUGGCCUAUGGCCCA